UGACAGCGCCACGUCAGCUGACACGUCAUCAAAAAUUCUUAAAAAAUUAAAACACCUAAAAUACCCCCAUAUUUAAUUAAAAAUUAAAUAAAAUAACUCAACUCAACUUUAUCUAACCCAAACAAUUCAAUCAACCCAAACACAAACGACCCAACCACCGCCACCCGACCAACCCGCCACCCGACCACCGCCGGAAAAUUUUCCGGUCAUCUUCUCCGAGAUGACCGGAAAAUUUUCCGGUCAUACUCAGAUCUGUUCUUGGAACAGAUCCACCAUGGAUCUGUUCCAAGAACAGAUCCGGUGGAUCUGUUCUUGACAGAUCCACACCAUGGAUCUGUUCAAGAACAGAUCCCACGCAGGGAUCUGUUCUUGAACAGAUCCACGACGAACAAGAAAUAAACUAAAACCGGAAUCAGUAAUUACGUCUCCAAUCAACCAUUGCAUUGCAUCUGCAGCAGCCAUUUAUCCACCCACAUCACCUGACGAUUCCCCUCUCACGUGCCAGCGCAGCAUGCAUCAACCUUCACUUUCCAUCACCGUCAUCACCACUCUCCCGAAUUUUCCGGCCACCCAUGUGGCCAAUUAUCAGCCCACGCCUCACCGUGAGGAGCUGCACUGGUCUCUCAUCAUUUCUUGAUAUGAAAGGCGGCGAACGAAUGAGUGGGUUUGUUGAGGCUGAGAUAAAAGUGCGGGAUUAUGAGCUUGAUCAGUAUGGAGUUGUUAAUAAUGCUGUUUAUGCCAAUUAUUGUCAACAUGGUAACUUCUUCUUUUUAGCUUUAGUUAUUGUUGGUGAAGAGUUAGCUGGAUGAUCCUCUAUUGCAAUCUUUGUUAAUUUUUGAAAUUAAGCUGACCAUGCUUCUGAAUUUGAGGUAUUGAAAUGACAAAAUUGAAAUGACGUAAUUACGUCGCCGGAUCUGUUGGAUCUGUUCCAAGAACAGAUCUGAGUAUGACCGGAAAAUUUUCCGGUCAUCUCGGAGAAGAUGACCGGAAAAUUUUCCGGCGGUGGUCGGGCGGUGGGUUGGUCGGGUGGCGGUGGUUGGGUCGGUUAAUUAAAUGGUUUAGAUUGAGUUGAUUUAUUUUAUUUUUGUCUUUUUCUAAAUUAAAUUAGGGGUAUUUUGGGUGUUUAAAAUUUUUAUGGUAU